AUGCAAGUGGGUCCAUUCACUACGUUGGUGCCUCUGCAGUAUUUGAAAGGUCAUUCCUCGCGACUGACAACCGCUGCAGCAAACACCGAGCUUCUUCGUGGCCAAUUUCCGCAGUUUCGAAUGAACAUGGCGCAGACACAGAACGCAGACCUAUUCUCCAGCAUCGGCGAGCAAUACGAAGCCGCCUUCGGCCACGACCAAGGUCUUCUGAAGUUCACACAAAAGGUCUUGGAGCACCUGAAACCCAACUCGCACAUCCUUGAUGUCGGAUGCGGUACCGGAAAACCAGUGGCAACGACCGCAGCAGAAGCUGGACACAAGAUCACCGGAAUCGACCUCUCGGAAGUCAUGGUCGAGCUCGCCUCGAAAGCAGUUCCGACCGGUACCUUUGAAGUUGCCGAUAUGCUCACCUACCAGCCCAAGGACAUCAAAUUUGAUGCUGUCUUCAACAUGCUCUCGCUGUUCCUUCUCCGCAGACAGGAUGUCGAGUUGAUGGCAACCCGCUGGAACUGCUGGCUUCCACUAGGCGGAAUUCUGGCAAUCGGCACUGGCGCCGCAGAGGAUGUCCACCCAGAGAAGCUCGAAGUUCAGUAUGAUGAGGAUGGUGCUUGUGCUCGAAAGAUGCCAUUCGAGUUUAUGGGAAAGCCCAUCACGAUCGACAUGUUCACGAGAGCAGGAUGGGAGAAGUUGCUUGUUGACGCAGGUUUCGAGGUCCUGUACACCACGACGGAUGUCUUCGUUCCGCCUCCAGAGACGGGGUGCCAGACUGAGCCACACUACUUCAUCAUGGCGAAGAAGAUCAGGGAGCGUGGCGAUAGCGAGUGA